AUGGCUACACACAGCGGGUUUCCGGAUUCGGAUCCCGCAUCAACUUCGACUCGGGGCACUAUGGCGGAUUCCCGAGGCAUGAGUUCAGCCACGGCGCGCCUUCGCGACACUCUCAAGACAAACGGAUUCACGGACAAUGUCACCGAAGCGAUGGGCCUGCUGGGUCCUGACGAUGGCCAUGAUGCUCCUCGCAAGGACAGCUGGGCUGCAUUGAAGGACUUUGAAGAGCUUCCAUGGUGGAGGAAACCAGCUGUCUGGUGGCUAGUCGUACCUUAUGCCAUGUUCACGUUGGCCUUUGGAGGUUCGCUGGUCCCCAAGAUUAAUCUGUACGAUUCCCUCAUGGCUGAAUUGUGUCGCUCAUCUCGCAAUCUAAUCAUCACUCUCAUCUGUGACCGGUACUUUGCCGAUAGAUCAGCAGCAGACCCCGGCUUCGUCUUCACACCUGUUAUCCACGGCGGCAACAACCCCCAAUGCAACAUCCCCGACGUACAGCGCCUAGUCGCAAGCUUCACCUUGUGCAUGAGCGUCUUGGUGGGCAUAAUCAGUGCUUUUACCGCACCCAAGCUCGGAGCCCUCUCGGAUCGAUAUGGUCGCACAUCGAUGGUGGCCAUCUGUUCCAUCGGCGGUGUCAUUUCCGAGAUUACGGUCAUCUUGGCUGGAAAGUAUCCAGAUACCAUCCACUACAGCUGGAUUUUGCUCGGCUCCUUCUUCGACGGCCUGGCCGGUUCCUUUACCGCCGGCAGCGUCCUCAUCCACUCGUACGCCAGCGAUUGCACGCCCCCAUCCAAGAGAGGCGUUGCCAUCGGUUACCUCCACGCAUGUCUGUUCACCGGCCUCGCCUUUGGUCCCCUCCUUGCCGGAUACUUCGUCAAGUGGACAGGAUCCCUUCUAUCCAUCUUUUACGUUACCCUGGGUUGCCACAUCGUCUUCAUCCUGUUCAUCUACUUCGUUACCCCCGAAUCGCUCUCACGGAGGCGCCAGCUACUGGCACGCGAAAAAUACGCGAGGGAGCAGGAGGCUCUCGGGGAGGUACCCCGCUGGGCAGCCGUGGUGUCCAAGUUCAUCCCAUUCGGCAAGCACUUCGGACAUGGUGUGCGUUCUGUGCACAGGGCGAAUCCUUUUGCUCCGUUGAAGAUUCUGUUUCCGUCUGGUCCUCAACAUAAACGCCUGCGCCGCAAUCUUAUCACGCUGGCACUCAUCGACGUGUCCAUUCUUGGAACUGCCAUGAGCUCCGGAACCAUCUUGAUCUUGUACACUGAGUUCGUGUUUGGCUGGGGAAAUCUCGAGGCCUCGCGGUUCAUGUCCCUGGUCUCGAUGGUCCGGAUCUUCGUUCUCAUUGGCAUUUUCCCCGUCAUCAAUUACAUUUUCCGUACUCGGCCUGCAGCUCGACGAAGGAGGGAGUCUGGCGACUUGCCGGUGGACGAGAAGAAUGUCGGCGCUGACGAACUGGACGUGUGGGUUCUGCGAAGUGCCCUGAUUUCCGAUGUUAUUGGCAUCGGCGGGUACAUCUUUGCUCGCACCCAGGAGUGGUUUAUUCUGUCGGCCGUCAUCGCGGCCUUUGGCGGUCUCGGAUCGGCAUCGAUUCAGGCCUCUAUGAGCAAGCAUGUUCCGACUGAGCGGGUGGGACAGUUGUUGGGAGCUGUCGGGCUGCUUCAUGCCCUGGCUCGUGUCUUUUUCCCCAUCAUCUUCAAUGGGCUGUACGCAGCUACCGUGUCGACGUUCCCGCAGGCGUUCUUUGUGUUGCUUUGUUCUAUCUUUGCGGCGGCGUUGGUUGCGUCUUUUACUGUUAGACCUCAUGGUAUGUUCUCAGUCCCCUAG